UAUCCGAGCCUUACUUCGCACUCAAGCGAUGAUAUACGCCAUCAGAGAAAUAAACCAGCGCACACCAAGGGCUCUGCCCAACCUCACCUUAGGAUAUGACAUCUAUGACACUUGUGGAGAUGUCAACUUUGCCAUCAGAGCAACGCUCCAGUUGCUGAAGAACCAGUCAGACCCUCAGAGCUGUGUAGUACCUGCAACCUUUCAAUCUGCUUUAGCUGAACCCCAAACAAAGGCAGUGAUAGGGGAAGCGUAUUCUGAAGUGUCAAUAGCCGUUGCACGAGUUGUUGCUCUGUCAUCAGUUGCCCAGAUAAGCUAUUAUUCGACUAGCGAGCUGCUCAGCAGGAAGUUCAAGUUCCCCACUUUUCUGCGAACAGUAUCUAGUGAUGAAUAUCAGACAAAAGCCAUUGCUAAGCUGGUUGCGGAGUUCAACUGGAAAACAGUGGCCAUUGUAGGAAGUAACGAUGCGUACGGGAAGUACGGCAGUGAUAAACUCGUGGACAUUUUCAGUAAUAUGAAGGAUGUCUGCGUUGAAUUCACUGUCAUCCUGCCUGAUGACUUCUCCCAGAGCCAUUUCGAAUGCCAUACGAGGCUGGCUAAGUUGGUGAGCAGAAUCAAUGAAUCCUCUGCUGAGGCCGUCAUCGUGUUCACCAAGGAAUCCAAUGUUGCUGUCAUCAUGAAAGCAGCUAUUAAAUACAACCUCAACAGAACGUGGAUUGCAAGUGAUGCAUGGUCCACCUCUACAACGGUCUCUGCGCUUUCGGGCAUUGAGAUGGCCGGGGAGAUUUUCGGAUUCACCUCUAAGAGGAAUGACGUGCCUGGUUUUAAAGACUAUGUCAUCUCAAGGUUCGACGGGACCACUAACAGCAUUCUCGAACAUUACUUCACUCAUUAUCCACUUUGUUCUAAUCAGUCUGAGGCGAACAGAGAAAGUGACUGCUCGCUAACAAACAGCCAACAGGGGUCCAAGCGAUGUCUGGACCCAACCUGCUUGGCCAACUACAUUGAGAAGGAUUUAUCAUACAAUAUCUACUUAGCUGUUCAGGUCAUUGUUGAGGGUCUUAGGCGCUUGCUAAAGUGUGACAACCACCGGUGUGAACGUAGCGCCAAAUUUACAGCCUUGGAGCUUCUUAUGGAAAUCAAGAAAGUAAACUUCACUGUGAACACCACACAUAUAUUCUUUGACCAGAAUGGAGACCCUAGUUUGGGAUAUGAAAUUGUAUAUUGGAACAUGACUGAAUCCAAAAAGCGCACACACAUAGAAACUAUAGGAGAAUACUGGCCGGAUGGAAAAAUUAAACUCCCAGAUGAUCUUGUUAGAAAGAUGCGCAAUGUGACGGUAACAGUUUACAACUGCUCUAAAACGUGUAAACCAGGGCAGCAGCUGAAAUUGCAAAGCAAGCUGUGCUGCGAUGAUUGUGUUCCAUGUGCUGAUGGAGAGAUUUCCGCUGGAAAUGGCAAGGAGUGUACACGCUGCAGGUCAGAGCAGUAUUCAUCUCCACAGAAGGAUAAGUGUUUUAAUAAAACUGUUGAAUUCCUACGCUGGCGAGAUCACUUCAUUAUCUUUUUGAGUUCCAUGGAAGUCUUUGGCAUAAUUGUUACCAUCAUGUUUGCUAUUGUGUUUACGAUCUAUCGGAGCACUCCCAUUGUGAAGGCUGUUGGAGGUUACUUGUGUUUCUUGGAGCUUUUUUCCUUGCUGGCCUGCUUCUGCCUCACAUUUAGCUACGUGGGAAAACCCACCACGGCUUCCUGCAUGGUCCGCCUGCCUCUCUUCGGCAUAGCCUUCUCUCUCUGCAUCUCCUGCAUUCUGGCCAACCUGCUCCAAAUCUUAGUGGGCUUCAACUUUGACCUGAAGCUAGGGUCCUGGAUAAAGAAGCUCAACAAGCCGAUCGCUGUGGUGACGAUCGUCUUUGGGAUCCAGUUGGCCCUGUGUGUGUCAUGGCUGUGCUUUUAUCCCCCACGUCCUUGUCGAGUGGUAUCAAGCAGGACCAUCCUUCAUCAGUGUGAAAUAGGCUCCACAGCGCUCCUUAUUGCUAUGUUAGGCUACAACGGUCUCCUGGCCCUUAUUUGUUUCCUGUUUGCAUUCAAAGGUAGACAGUUGCCAGAUCUGUAUAAAAAUGCAAGGCUAAUCUCCAUCAGCAUGCUGCUGUUUUUAAUCGUUUGGCUUUUCUUCAUCCCGAUUCAUCUCAAAUUGGUUGGGAAGGACAAACAAGCCAUUGAAUGCGCAGCCAUUCUCAUUUCCAGCUACAGCAUCCUCGGCUGUCACUUGGCCCCAAAGUGUCACAUUAUGGUGUUCAGGAAAGAGCUGAAUAAUGAGAACGCCAUCACUGCGUACAUCAAGAAGCAUUAUGAGCAGAGAGGCAUGACUGUGGUAAAAUCAUAAUCUCACAUGCACAUCCAAGGACAAACCGGGACUGUCCCGGACAAACCGGGACGUCUGGUCACCGUACCCAAAAGGGAGCGCGGCCUGGACGAUGAUGCCAUGCUGGUCUGGUCUAUAGCUUGGAGCCAUAAAGACCCUCUAUUAGAUCUUUUUUAGGACACCAGCAGGGAAACAAAUCGGAGAUCAGCAUUUUGCGAUUUAUUGUUGGUGCAACCAACUACACAGCAACUCUUAAGCAUAGCGUUAUUACUAUUACGGGUUUGUUCAAGGUAGAAGUUUGGAGACAUGUUUCAUCUCUUCACUCUGUUACCGUCUAUGAGGGACACGGGAUUGUUUUCCACCCAAAAGGGGGCGUGGUCAUGCAAGCCUACUCUGGAUGACCCGGUCUGAUGUAUAGUGAAAUUAUAGCAUCAUUGGCCUUUUUUAUACUUGCAACAACUGAAUAAUAGCAUGUUAUUUACUGAGCUUUAGUUAGGCUGGUAGGCAGAUUUUGUUUUGUUACCUUUGGACAGAGCUAGGCUAGCUGUUUCCACCCUGCUUCCAGUCUAUGUGCUAAGCUAAGCUAACUGGCUGUAGCCUUUGUAUUUAACAUGAAUGUGCUCAUCUAAUCCUCUGCCAGAAUGUGAAUAAGCGUAUUUCCAAAAAAAUGUCAAACUGUUUCUUUAACAAUCCGUGUUGUGUCACACACUGUAUAUAGGCCUACACUACUUGUGUCCUGUUAUGUGCAGUAGUUUUUGCUACUUGUAGAAGUUCUAAAGGUUGUGUCAAUGAUACAUUUCUUACCAGAAAUCCUACUUUUUUUGCUGCUAAAUCUUGAGAUGUUUUAAAAAGAAUUUAAGAAAGGUUAUGAUCUUUACUCUCUUGAAUUGUCAAUUUAAAGGGCCAGUGUGUAGGAUUUUGGGGGAUCUAUUAUCAGAAAUGUAAUAUAAAAUGCACAACCUUUUCAUUAGUGUAUGAUCACCUGAAACUAAGA